UCAUUAGACUGCUUAGUGACCUUUCCAAAAAGGAAGGCGCUUUAAAUUCUGCCGUUCUUGAUCACUCUGUUUUCCAGGAGUCCUUCCUUGAAUUUCUGUAGAAAACAUGCAUGUUAUCGAAAUAAAACAAAGAAACCAAGAAAGAUUUGGGGAUUUCAACCUUGAAAUCCCAUCUUUGUAGAUUCGUUUGUUGUCAAUCUUGACGGGUUUUUGUCGAGAAAUACAACUGGGUUGAAUUCGUUGGCUGGUAAUUCUGAAAAUUAGCGCACAAAUUGAAUGCUUUUGAGGUGUUUGUGAAAAGGGCUGAGAGAAUUCUUCUCAAUCCCGAUUCCAAUCAUGCCUUUUCCGUGGAAGAAGGUGAAGAAUACCAAGAUUUCGCAAUUGGUAACUGAUCAUCUUGACUCGCAGAGGCGUCUCGGCGGACCACCGCUGGUGGUGGAAACCGGUUUCCCAACUUCCCUGGUUGAUAUAGUUGUCAGGAAUCGUCAGAGAUUUAAGAAGUCGUCCAAGAUGAGAAAGAACGAAACAAAUUCUUCGAUAUUGACAUCCCCUCCGCCGUCGCCUUUGUCUUCUCCACCUCCGGAGCUUUCUUCUUCGUCAUCGUCUUCAUCUUCGCCUUUGCCUUCGACCCUUUUGAGUACUACGGUGGAGGACACUGGUGGAGAAUCCGUCAAUGAGCUUAAAAAGGAGGAUGAGAAUUUCAAAGGGGUUUUACUGGCGGUUUUGAGGAUGUCUUUUGUGGUGGUUUUGGCGUUGGGGACUAAGAAAUUCGCUUUGGGGCUAACUAUGUCGGCAUUCUUCUUGUUCUUUGUAGAGUAUGUGGGGAUUCAUGUUUAUAGAUUGUUUAUUCCCUGUUCUGAGGCGAAGAAGAGGCUGAGAUUGAUGGUUUUAAAAUUUCUCAGAAUUGGGAAGGAAAAGGGAGAGAAUAAAGGGUUUAAGGUGUCUCUGGACCAAGAGGGGCAACAGGAGACAUAUAAGUCAGGUGGUUCUGAUUUCCAGGAUCAGAGAUCGAUUGAUCCAGUUGGCAAAGUUGAGAUUAUUCAGCCGAUGAGAUUCUUGGAGCCCUUUCUUGAAGAUAUACAAUCUCAGGAACAGAAAUCUGAUGAAUUCAGUUGUGAUGGAAAGUUGGAUCUUCAAGGAUCAGACUCGGAGGUGGUGGUUUUGGAGAAUAAAGAGGAGCGCAGCUGUGAAGUUAAGAAAAGAAAAUCACGCAGAGCCAAGAUGAAAACCAAGAUGAAGCACAUCUUUUCAAGAAAAUCAAGAAGGGCGAAGAAAGAAGAAGGAAAAUUGGAAGGUGAAAUAAGUCCAAUUGGAGAGGAAAAUGCGAUGGCAUCUGAAGAACAAGACAGCGAAUAUGGGAAUGGAGGAGAGCUAAAAUCUAGCAGCGAUAUAUCAUCCAUUUCAAUUGGAAGCUGUGAAGGGGAAGAGGCAUUGAAUAUCAUCUCCAGUUCCGGUGUACUGCUGGAGGAGGGGGAUGUCGAUGGAGUUGUUAGCAGGGAAGGGGAGGAAAUCUUGAACAAGGGGAAUUCUGGGUAUUUGAUGCUCUGUUUAAUUGUUCUCAUUGGACUUUUUGGAGGCAAGAUAUCUGCAUUGAUGUUCAUCUUGUCCUGGUGCUUUCUGAAGAAAUCUGGUGGAAAGUUAGUUAGAUGCUUAACUUGGCCUGUGAUCAGGUUUUUUAACCCAAAUGCUUAGUUGGAACAUUCGGUGUUCUUGACUGUUAGUGUUGGCGUUUUCAUAAAUUUUGGCUCAUCUUUCAUUUGCUCCUAAUGGAGUCUUCUUGUGAAGCUCUGUUUUUGUUCUAUGAGGUUACGUUUGACAGAAUCUUCAACCUUUGGUUGGUCCUGAACCUGAAGUGUUGUACAUUGAACUGUAAAUCUGCAACAAUCAAACAUAGUAUAUGAUACUCAUUUCUUGAA